CCCUACUUUCUUAUGCUACCUCAGGUGUCUCUUCACACCUUUUAAAAAAACCUAAAAUUUCAACAUCAACUUUUUACAAAGACAACAUAAACAUAAAACAACCCUUAGCUCCUGUUUUAAAACCAUUAACGACUUUAAUCUGCUUACGACUACAUAUUCCAAAACCCUAUUAUAUAAACUCAUUGCAUAUACAAAAUAAUCACAAUUCACAAACAAGAAAAAUAAUAUUCCAAAGUUGAAAAAAAAUAAAAAAUGGGUAGUGAAGAAAUUGGAGGAGAGAAACAUAAAGCAAGGAAAAUAGUGGUGGCUGUGGAUGAAAGUGAAGAAAGUAUGUAUGCCUUAUCAUGGUGUCUCAACAACAUCAUCGUACGACACCCUGAAGAUUCCUUUGUAAUUCUCCAUGCUAAGAGACCUACUGUUGUGUACUCUGGCUUUGAUAACUCUGGGUUUUCGAUCUCCUUCGUAAGAAAAGGUUUUUCGAUCUCCUUCGAAAGACAAGGUUUUUCGACCUCCUUCGAAAGACAGGGUUUUUCUCCUCUUUUAGAGGGGAAUUUCUACAGGUUACAAUCCGGGAUACUAGAUCUAAUGGAUUGCCGUGAAAUUAUUUUGUUGGUGAAGAAUUAUGCGGGAUCUCAAAGGUUAUCAAUUUUUCGAAUACGGUCAGAUGAAUCCGACGGAAAUCAUCCUCACGACUACAAGGGAUCGUUAGAUUGUCUCUCCAACAAGGCUGUAUUUUCCAGCGAUAUAAGCGGGAGAUGUUCCACAUUGCAAGAUUUGUUUGACGAUCGUAGUUUUUAUGAAGGAAAUUUUUGUUUGAUUCAACUUAUGUAUUUGUUUGAUUCGAUUGCUUAUGUAGAUGUCGUAUGACUUUUUAUUAAUGAAUUAAUUUUACUAUUCAAAAAAAAAAAAAUUUGAGAAAUUAAUAAAAUAAAAUUAUACGUUAAUCAAUAA